UCCACAUCUUUCUCUGUUACGCUUUAGCUGUUGUUGAUAGAUGAUUAUUCUAAAAGAACGCGUCUUUGAGAUUUUCUGAAUCAAUCAUCAUCGUUCCUACUUAUGGGUUUUCACUUUUCAUUGAUGAUUGAUAUUUUCUAGGGUUUGGUUUCUAAAAUUGCGUCGGUGGCUUUUUUUUUUUUUUUUUUUUUUUUUNUUAUGUUCGUGCGAUUUACUUUUUUCUUUUUAUAGAUUGUGGAUCGAUUGCUUUGAUCACUCGGUGAUGGAUGGUUUCGAUGGAUUGAUUAUUGCUUCUCUCUGUUACGUCUCGACGCGGGAGUGUUCUUCCUCUGGCUUUUGUUUCUCUUAGCGAAUUAUAAUCCGAUGAUCAUCGCUUUUCGAUUUCUGAAAUUUCACCUUCUGUAGAGUUAUUUAUUUCUCGUCCUCUUGUUGAUGAUUUAGAUUGUCGAGGAUGAUCGAUAGGUGAUUGAGGAGGAGAAGGGUACUAAAAUCGAUCGGUGGUGGUUCUAAUUUUUGAUCCGAACUUGUUCUUCGCUGAAUGUUCACUUUGUCUUUUCAUGUUGUUUAAUCCACGUAGUUCUAUUGUUGUUAAUCCAGAUUGUGGAGGGUAAUACUAUUGAUCGAUUGGUGAUUAAAGAGGAUACUUAGAUGGAUCGGUGAUGGUUUUAUUGAACGUUGUCACGCGUUUUCUCUGUUGCUUUUUUUUGUCCUCCUUUCCCAAUUCUUAUUUCUUAGCCUUCUUCUUCUUUUCUAGAUAAGCUACAUCUCUCUUCUUUUCUUUUCGUCUUUGAUGCAGAUCGUGUAGGCAAUGGGAUUGCUCUGUUGAAUCUUUUGUUUCUCGCCUAUCAUAUCAUAUCAUCUCUUUUGGUUUCUUCUGUUUUCUCGUGCGUUAUUUUCCCGAAUGACUUACUCGUUACAAUCACGAUUUCCUCUCUGUUCUAUUCCGUAUCAGUUGAUCUUGGAAGGAUGUGUCGUCGCUCCCUGAUGUGUUACUUCUUUGGCGGUUUUCUAUUUCCCUUUGUUUCCUUUUCAGGGUUCUUAUAUUACGUACGCUUGUUUUCCUUCUGAUUUUUGUUGGUGAAACUUUUUGGUUUAGAUCUUUGACGUUGAAGGCAUUGUGAAGGGAAGGAUGGCUUGCGUUUAGUUUCGUGUUUCUGGCUACUUCGCAUCUAUAUCACCUCUUUCUGCUUUUGGUUGAUUUAUUUAAUUUUGGCUAUUUUUGUUUCUGUCCUCUGUGUGUCUUAAUUUGUUUUCCAGGUUUGAUACAUCAACGCCUCUCUAAUUCUCUGCUGCCUCUACACACAUUCAUAUGAAAGAUGAUCGUAAAAUUCCCUAUCACACAUACACAUUCAUAUUCUUUGUACUUUUUUGUAACUAGUUUUUGAAUGCUUAUAUGUCUUUUAGGCCUGCUAAGUCUGACCUCUCUGUUCCAGAAGGUUUGACAUGUGAUUUAUUGAGGUUUUCGUUCCUCUUUCCCUUGGGUAUAUUUCUGUAAUCUGUUUGAUUUCAUAUACUACCUUGAUUUUGAAUUUUUGUUUCCUGAGUUAUAGACUGCGCCACUUGGGAUUCUUCAAGAUCAUUUGGAUUUGUUAUUGGAUGUUUCAGGUUAACAGUAGUGUCGCUGAUCUUCCUAGUGAUGCAGGAAUUUAUGUAUUAUGCUUAAGACCCUUUCUUUUGUUAUAGGUAGUGGAGGUUCUAAAAGAGAGAAACGUCAGGCUACUAACUGGUUUCUUUCCCCUGUCUUUUAUGUUUAUUGUUUGAUCAUACUCUCAUAUGCUUGUGACGGUGUUUUUUUUUUAAAGUGAAAUGUUCCCUUCUUUAUAGGUGUAUAUUUUGAGCUUGAAAGAUGUCUUUGAUCUUGUGCUUCCCUAUUACCUCUCUGGCGGUUCCUUAUCCCCCUUUGUUUUUUUUAAUGGUUUCUUAUUUCCCUGUUACUUGGUUGUUUUUCUUUUCUAAAUUUUGUAUAAUUUUCGAUUUAGAUCGUAGAAGUUCAAGUCAUUUUGGGAGAGAAGGAUGGGUGGCGUAUAAUAAUAUCGUGUUUCUGGUUCUUUCACAUCUAUACACCUUUUUACCUAUAGAUUGUUUUAUUUAAAAUUGGGUAUUGUUCGUGAGGUAUGAUUUUCCCCCUGUGUUCCCAGAAUUUCCUUCACAACUCACUUUAUUCUAUGUCCGUAUACACACUCAGAUUAAAGAUGAUCAUAGAGUCCUCCCAAACGAGUUUCUGGUUACUUAUUAUAUAUACACUUUUCUGCUAUUGGUUGAUUUAUUUAAUUUUGGUUAUUGUUGGUUAGGUUUGAUAUGUCCUCUGUGUCUUAUUCUGUUUUCCAGAUUUUCUACAUCAAUCAUUCUCUGUUCCUCUGCUGUUUGCACACAUUCAUAUGAAAGAUGCUCUUAAAUUCCCUUCCGAAUGAGUUUGUUCUAAUACUUUUGCUUUGUAAGUAGAUUUUGUUUUGAUUGUCUUUUAUCUCUGCUAAAAGUCUGAGCUCUCUGAUGCAGAAGGGUGGACCUGUGUUUAUUUAGGAUUUCCUUCUUCUCUCCCUUGAGUAUAUUUCAGCACUCUGUUUCCAUAGAAUUUGUUAUUGGAUGUUUCAGGUUAGCAGUAACGUCUGCUGUUAUUGGAUUACCCUGUAUUUCUGCAUCGGGAGUUUUGCUAAUUACGUUUACAGCUUGCCGGGAGAAUUUGGUGCUUCCAUCUGUCGUUGAUUCAGGUUUUAGUUGAUGGAUUUAGUUUUUGAAUUGAACAGCGUCAAGUCUGAGCUCCUCUUAUGCAGAAAGCUAGACAUGUUGGUAGUCAGGUUUUCGUUCUUCUUUCCUUCUUAGAUCUUCUGCAAUCUUUUGAUUCAUAAUUCCUGGAUUUUGAAGUGUGUUUCGCUUACUCAACCAUUGACAGUGGGGAGUUUCUUUUGGCUUUUUGGUGUGUUGAGGAUUCGAAGGAGCCCGACUCCCUUUUGAUUUUUUUGACAUCGAAGGUUGAAUUUACAGUAGGUUUUAACCUCUGGUGUCUUUUGCCUUUUUCUGUUUUGAUGACCACUACAUUUGAUGAAGACGUGAUCAGCUCCCCUCCUUAUCUGCUUGUGCUUGUAUUUUGCUGCAUCUUUUCUAUAGUUGAUACUAAUCGCUUCUACUUGAGAUGAAGUCAUUAUCGUUGCAUCCGGGUUGAUUUUGCAAAGUGGUAGUUCUGUUUUGGCCUGCUUGCCUACACUCGUAUCUGUACAUCAUGAAUUUGUGAAGUAGAUUCAGUUCAUAUAUUAUGAGUUCUUUGGCAUGUGAUUAUUGCAUCGCUGUUGAUCUGUGAAUUACUUCUGACUGUUGUAAUUUACUGGGUAUUCAAGAAAAGGGAGCUUCCAUCUCCAUACUAAUUGACGGGUUCCCAUCCUUUCUUCCUUGUUUCUGCUUUUACGAGGCUAUUUAUUUUCUCAGAAUUGAUGCUAUUAAUUGUGGUUGCAUAGUCUAUUGCUUCUCUCUGAGCGGAAAUGUGCUACAGAUUUUGAGGAUCCAGUAUAUUUACUUAUGAGUUGGUCUGUUCUCCAGCAAGACAAGGUAAUAUCGAAGGUUCUAUCAGUUUCACUCAUCGGUUUUGUAUAAACUCUUUUUUGUGUAUCUUCUAUUUCAUGGUCUCUGCCGCUGGGGAUUAGUUGUUCAGGAUGGUUGAAGCUCUGUAGGUUGACUUCUCUGAAGGUGUGGAUACCAUACUUGUUCUAUUGAUUCUAAGAUUGAGUUGUACUUUUGAUGAUGAUUCUCAGUUUCGCAGCAAUGUCUGAUUAAUAUGUUCAAAAAAUUUGAAGAUUUUCAGCUCUUACUGUACACUACGUGGAUUUUAGGUUUCAUCAGAUACCUCAGUAUUUAUUCUUGUAUUUUAGUCAUAUAACUACUAGUUUGCCAGAAUGAGUUAUUUAGUUAAUUUGUAAGUUCUUCCACAGGACAUCAGAUUUCUUGCCAUUGUCAGAAUCUGGGGGAAUGAAUCUUGUGAUUCUGGGGAACACGUACAAAUAUUAUUGAGGUGUUGUGUUGCUCAUAUCUUCUUUAGUUUGUUAUUUUGAUGUCAUCGUUGAUUUGAUUAUGUAUGUGAUUCUUGCUGGUAGUGUGACCUCAUCAUGGGGUAGGCUCAUAGAAGGUGAAGAGCAUCUUCGUUUUGAUAACGGUCUUUACUUUUGACUGCUGACAUUUGAAUUUGAUAAUGAAGUCCUCAAUUGAUUUUGUUCGGGUGAUACAUAACCUCCUUACUUCUGGUGAAGAGGUUGAUUACUUAUGUUGUUGAAUUGUUACCUCCGAAUCCUAGUUCCUUUCUUCCUUUGGACGUAUUGGCUUGCAGGUCAAAGCUUUCUGUCUAACACGAUAAUGUACCUCCAUUCUGGUUACUGUUAUUCAGACUCUACGAUUGGGGAAGUGAUGUUUACUUAAUUCUCAUCAUCUCUUGAACCUUAAUUUGCUCUGUCACACAUUGAAGCCUAUGUUGGGUUUGCAGUUUGUGAAGUUUUCAUGGAAGGUCUUUGAUGUUCACUGAAGUUGAGUUUAUUCCUGAAGAAAGAUAUAUGUUACGAAAACGCAACGUAUUGAUGCAAACUUUUUUAUCUUCUGAAUUAGGACGUGUUGCCAUACCAACUAUUGGUAAAGUAAUUGUGAGAGAUGUUUUCCUGUAUGUGAGUGAUAUGUUUUGCUGGAAGGGACUAUACAAGAAGACACAACUCCGAGAGGCUUACAAGCUUAUACGUAGAAUGAAGUUAAAAGAUCUCAGGCCUUUAUCUUGUGCUGUGGAUUGGAUUUGCUCAUAUCUCAUUCAAAGAAUGGAGUAGGUACGGAUGUCAUUUGUCAUUACUUGAUUAAUAUAAGUCUUCUGGUAUUAUUGCCUCUUGGGGAUUGAUUGCAGGUUGUCGUUUGUUCAUGUGAGAUUUAAACUUUGUGGCCUUUGUGGGUAGUGCUCUUAGUUUAGUCUGCGAUGAUUGAGUAUAUGAACACACUGCUGGUGAAGAGGUUGAUUGUGAUAUGUUGCUGGAUUGUUCUCUUCCUUGGUCUUAGGUUAAAACUACUCUGCCGACACUGGUUUCAAUGAAAUCACUGAUGUACCUUUUCCUGCUUACCACAGAAUUUGCCUAGAUCAGUUAUGGGACCUUUGUUGUGGUUGCUUUGACUUGCCUCUACAAUGAUUUCUCAUUGGUCGGAACUUAAGAGGAUCCUCAUUUUGAUGCGGUUGUUAUUACUCAUUGAAGCCCACGCUGGUGUUGUAGUUACUGAAACUUUCAUGGGAAGGACUGUGAUUGGAGUAGACUGCAAUUGAUUGAAGUUUGUUAAUAGCGAAAACAGUUAUGUGCUUUUGUAUAUUAUCUAUUCUCCGAGGGAACUGAAGUCUUGUUCCAGAAGUCUUGGAUGUAUAAGAUUCUGUUUCACAAGUGUUAAGAUCAAAAUUCCAUUCGCUUUAAGAUUGUUGCUUCUGUUAUUAUUGAGACACUUACGUUAAACAGUUUUAUGUGCUUUUAUAUAACUUGUGUUCGUUCAUUUUACCUUGGUUUGGUGUGGAGGAGGAGGAGAAGAGUCUUAUGUAGCUGGUACGCAGGAAGUUGAAUCGGAUUAGGCUGGAUUCGUUUUGUAAGUGGAAUGUUGUUGGUUAAAAAGAUAUCUUUUAAUGAUUGGCUUGUAACUAAGAAUCACGUGGGUUAUAUACUGCACCGAGACGGUUCUAUAACUUUUCUAAGCAGUUAAGCUUUUGCUAAUCACAGGUUAAUAAAAUUUCAACGGUCCAUAAUUCAUAAACUAAUCGUGUCGGUCAAAAGUCAAAUGUCCGUGUGGUCCCUCCCUGUCCGUAUCUGAAAUCUGACUUAAUGAGUAGUGAGUCACUUGAACGAACGACUAUAGUUCUAUUUUCUCUUCUUCUUCUUCUUUCUUUGUAUGGCUGUGGUGGUUUUCUUCGGUGUUCUCUCUGUCCUGGUCGUCUGCUUGGGACUACGGCGUCUCCUUCACUUUCUUCAAAGGAGAGAAAAAGCAACGCAGCUUCAACAUCCUGUGACUUUCACAGGUGUUUCUCCGGCGGCGGGAACAUUGGCUUCAUCCUCGUCCCGGUCCUUGUGGAAGUACCAUGUGUUCCUCAGCUUCAGGGGUACAGAUGUACGCAAAGGAUUCCUCAGCCAUCUCUACAAAGCUCUCACCGACAAGGGGAUCCACACUUUCCGUGACGACACAGAACUCCAGCGUGGGAAUUUCAUCAGCCCGGCGCUCUUGGAAGCGAUUGAGCAAUCAAGAUUUGCCGUCGUUGUGCUCUCCGAGAACUACGCCACUUCUCGCUGGUGUUUGCAAGAGCUUGUGCACAUCACAGAUUGCGUCGAGAAGAAACCACUCGAACUCAUCCCCGUUUUCUUCGGUGUUGACCCUUCACAUGUGAAGAAACAAUCUGGGAAUUUCGCCAAGGCCUUUGCUGAACACGACAAGAGAUCUGAUACAAACACAGUGAAAACAUGGAGAGACGCCAUGGUCAAAGUAGGAUUGAUCUCUGGGUGGGAUUCCAGGAACUGGAACGAGGAGUCGAAGCUUAUCGAGGAGCUUGUUCAAGAUCUUUCAGACAGAUUGUUCUCACCAAUGUCUUCCAGUGAUACUACUGGUGAAUUGAUAGGAAUGAGUACACAUAUGAGAAGUAUAUAUCCAUUGAUGAGCAUAGAUCUUAAUGAUGUCCGAAUGAUCGGAAUUUGGGGAAUGGGUGGUAUAGGCAAAACCACCAUCGCAAAAUAUGUAUACAAAGCCUUCUUGAGCGAGUUCGAUGGUGCUUCCUUGUUAGAGAAUGUGAAAAGAGACUUUAACCGAUAUGGUCCAUCACAUUUACGUGAGAAAAUCUUGUCUGAAAUCUUCCGCAAGAAGGACAUGAAUACAUGGAAUAUAUAUUCUUAUGUGAUGAAGGAACGAUUAUGUGGCAAAAAGAUUCUUCUUGUUCUUGAUGAUGUUGACGAUAUAAAACAGCUAAAAGAACUCGCUGGAAGUCCUGAGUGGUUUGGACCAGGAAGCAGGAUCAUUAUCACCACUCGAGACAGGCGUGUUCUAGACAUGCAUGAUGUGGAACGUAUCUAUGAAGUGAUGCCUUUGAGGAGCACCCAAGCACUUCAGCUUUUUAGUAAGCAUGCUUUCAAGCAACCUCGUCCAUCUGAAGAUUAUAGAGAGCUUUCAAUAGAUGUUGUGAAGCAGCUUGGUGGUCUUCCGUUAGCACUUCAACUCGUAGGAGGAUCUCUCUAUCGCCGGGAGCUGGAAUUUUGGGAAGACAAACUGGAUUUGCUGAGAAAUAAUAAUGAUGAUUCACUGUUCAAGGCGUUAAGAGUAAGUUAUGAGGCAUUGGAUGACCUAGAAAAGAAGAUAUUUCUUUACAUUGCGCUCUGUUUCAACGGAGUGAAUAUGGACAGAGUUAGAAAAGUAUUAGACCUGUUUUUCGUAUCUUCCAGGCGCAGAGCGUUGCCCACCAGACCGAGUAUUACAGCUCUGAUGGAGAAGUGUAUGAUUAGCCGGUCAAACACAAAUCGACUUUGGGUCCAUGACUUGCUCCAGGACAUGGCUUAUGAUAUCAUAUGUGAAGGCAAAGAUGAAAGGCCAUGGAAACGUUUAAUGCUGUGGGAUUUUGAAGAUAUCAAUCACGUUUUCUCCACCAACGCAGGCGAUGAAGCAAUUGAGGUGGAAAGCAUAUUUCUGGACAUGUCUAAUGGAAAUGAGCUCAACAUAACACCUGGAAUCUUUAGGAGGAUGCCAAAUCUCAAACUACUUAAAUUUUAUACGAAUUCCAGCAUUGGACAGAGCAGAACAAGGAUGUUAGAUGGCCUCGACUACCUCCCUACGCUGCGGUAUCUUCGGUGGGAUGCUUAUAAUCUUAAAUCAUUGCCAUCUCAGUUUUGUAUGACUUCUCUAUUUGAACUCAACCUCUCACACAGCUCAAUAGAAACAGUUUGGGGUGGAACUCAGGAACUUGCAAACUUACGGAGCCUAAACCUCACAAGCUGCAAGCACCUUAACGAGUUUCCAGACCUUUCGAAGGCGACUAAUCUUGAGAGUCUGAAACUCUCCAAUUGUGAUAACUUGGUUGAAAUCCCCGAGUCCUCUCUUAGACAACUCAACAAACUCGUCCACCUAAGAUUGAGUGACUGCAGAAAACUAAGGAGCCUCCCAAACAACAUCAACUUGAAAUCCCUCAGAUUUCUUCGUCUGGACGGAUGCUCUAGCCUGAAAGAGUUUCCAUUUAUCUCAGAGACUGUCGAGAAGUUGCUUCUGAACGAGACAACUAUUCAACAAGUACCAUCAUCAGUCGAACGCCUCUCUCGUCUCAGAGAGCUACGCCUCUCCGGCUGCAAGAGACUGAUGAAUCUCCCAGACAGCAUGAAGAACCUGAAGUCUCUCACUGAUCUUGGCCUCGCAAACUGUCCUAACGUUACAUCAUUCCCAGAAGUCGGAGCAAACAUACAAUGGUUGAAUCUGAACAGAACAGCAAUAGAAGCAGUACCUUCAACAGUAGGGCAGAAUUCAAAGCUUCGUUAUCUCAAUAUGUCUGGCUGUGACAAGCUUAUGAACCUUCCUCCAACGCUAAAGAAACUGGCACAACUUAAGUACUUGUAUCUUCGUGGUUGCAUUAAUGUCACUACGUCUCCUGAGCUCGCUGGUACCAACACAAUGAAAGCAUUGGACUUACAUGGAACAUCGAUAACAAAUCAAUUGGUUGACUCCACUAGUGAUGAGCCUCCUGGAUGUGAAGUACCUGUCAUUAGACGGUUCUUUAUGAAACAAGUUCGAGAACACAUCAAGAAGCGUAAAUCCAACAGAUGAUAAGGAUCAAAACAGAGUCCUUUUGGCUUACUUAGAUCACGUGACCAAACCAAAUGACUCUAGUCUUUUAAACAACUGCCACGUAAAGCUUCGUCUUGGCCAUGUGGCAGGGUUUAAGAGCAUGGCUUGAGGGUAUAAAUAAGUUUUGGUAAAGACAGAACCCAGGAGGGAGGGAAACGGAGUGAGAAAGAUUAGUAUCAGCAGAAAUGUCGGGAGCACAAGGAGCAGAGCCGAUGGGGUCAAGAACGGCGACAACAUAUGAGUCGGUGGAAGGAGGAAAGAACAAGACGAAGCUUGAUAUAAAGCCAAAGGAAGACGAAGGUGGGAUUCAAGUUGACAAGCUUCAGGAUAAGGUCUCUGAUGCUGCUGGACUUGGCUGACCUGUCCUUUGGUGCUGGUAAAGUCGUAAAGAUGACAAUAAACAGGAUCUUGGUGUUACCGGAACCGGCUAGAUCCACGUUUUAAAGAAGAUAAUGAAGUUUCUAAUAAAUAGUUAAACUAAAUUAGCCAAUUCGAUUUGUAAGUAAUAUAAUUGUGUUAUGGAUAACCGUCAAAAUAAAUGAUGCGGCCCAAAAAAGAGAAAUACUGUAGUAAAUUAAUCUAGUGGCUAUGGGCCUAUGCUUUAUUGUCUA